UCAGGCGAAUGAUUCAAAAAGUUCCAAUCACAAUUAAAAAAUCAUUUGACUUUAUUGACAUAUUUGUCAUGUUACUGUUAUUGACAUGAUAGUGGCAAAAAUGAUCAAAAUAAACAUUGGAAUCUUGUUCCUAAAUGCUAAUUUACAUACUAAUCAUUACAGUGAUAACGCAAACAUACAGUUUGAAUACAGACCACAGUCAUAAUAAGAUCGUUAGGCGCAAGACGGACUAUAAAGUAAAUAUUUCGAUUGUAGACGAUGAUAUCGAAAUGGACAGAGAACACAUUCAUUUAAGCAAUAGAACCAGCAAAUUAAGCAAAUAUAACAGGAAAAAUUCUCAUAAAACAUUUCGGAACACACGCCUUGAUGGCAAAUAUAAUACAGUACUGAAUCCUAAGCUAACUAAUCUGACACAAGAUCAUGAUAUUGUAAGCACAAAAAUGUAUCAAAAUAAUUCUUCAAUAAGCAGCAAUUAUAGCUAUACAAAUAGUGAAGACAAAUCGAAAACACAUCACAUCGUUGAAAUAGAUGCCAACAAUACUGAAUCAGAAGAUCGAACCAAUCUAACUCGUACAGCACGUGAUAUUUCGGCAAACCGGGUGUGGAGUAUAGUGCAAAUAUGGCUGAUUAUUUACAUUGUUCUAGCCAUCCCUCUAUGGUGUACUAUAGGUCGCUGUUGCUGCUGCCUCGUGUGCAAGUGUUUCAAGGCUCAAGAAACAAUAAGGGAAGCUAAACUAUACGCAAUAUGGAACCCUCCCGGAGUGCUCAGGAAAAGUACCGGUGACGUCAUUUACACUCCUUCGGAAAAGGAGAAGGAGGCUUAUGAGGAGCUCGAGCAUUUAAUAAGGACUUUGUGACAGAAGGAUUAUUCAAUGAGAGUGCUGUUACUUAUUUCCUGAUGCCUUGGAAACAUUUUUUUUUAAAGAUGAUAACCUACAAAGGAAAAGAGACGCGGAAAGAAGUUUAAAACAUUGAGCACGCAAAUAAGAUACUGUAACAUGUGCAGGGCCGUACAGCGCCAUCUAGUCAGGGGGCAAAUUGGCGUGUUUUACAAUAUAUUGGAUUACUUUACGCGUCUUAGUACUUUCGUUUGUCUAUGGUAGUAGGUGAUGGGAUGGUAUAAUGUUGAAGUUUACAUCGAAGUUCGUUUGUAAUGACCCUCCUGAAUUAUGAGUUUCUGAGGUAGGUAGGUGACCUGUUCAUUUUGAUAGUUUUGUUUAAUGUGAAAGUUCAUAACACAAUAAUGAAUAUAAUGAUCAUAGUAUUUUAUUACGCUUUAUCAAUAAUAAGGAGAUUUUUAUUCAAUAAAAUGUUUU